CGCGCAGGGCGCAGUCUCUUCCUGUGCAGUUGGUGAAUGGCGGCGGACACAAAGAGUUGAGGCCCGAGUCCAGACCCUCACACCGCACAGCGCAGCCGGGACACGAGCCUCUAGACGCGGCCUGGAGCAGAGAGAAGCCGCCGCUGAAGAACCUUCCCGCAUGUUUUCACCUCGGAAGUCCUCGGAAGCGUGUCGGUAAAGUUACCGCAAAACUUUGUGUGAGUUCGGGGAAAGUUCUCGUCGGAGCCUUGCAGCGAUUCGGAGGAGGAGGAGGAGGAGGAGGACCGACAGAAUGCAGAGCUGGAUCCGGGCUGUGGUGGCCUGGAGCUGGGUGGCGGUGUGUGUCCGCGGCGCCAUGGACGAGUGUUCGGACGAACAGGGCGGACCGCAGCGCUGCAUGCCCGAGUUCGUUAACGCCGCGUUUAACGUGACGGUGGUGGCGACCAACACCUGCGGCUCCCCGCCCGAGGAGUACUGCGUCCAGACCGGAGCCACCGGGGUCACCAAGUCCUGCCACAUCUGCGACGCCCAGGACCCGCGGAACCAGCACACAGCCGCGGACCUGACCGACUACAACAACCAGCAGGACACCACCUGGUGGCAGAGCCAGACCAUGCUGGCGGGGAUCCAGUACCCGAGCUCCAUCAACCUCACCCUGCACCUCGGUAAAGCCUUCGACAUCACCUACGUGCGCCUCAAGUUCCACACCAGCCGACCGGAGAGCUUCGCCAUAUACAAGCGGACCAGCGAGAGCGGCCCCUGGGUGCCUUACCAGUACUACAGCGGCUCCUGCGAGAAAACCUACCAGAAGCAGAGCCGGGGCUUCAUCCGGACCGGCGAGGACGAGCAGCAGGCGCUCUGCACCGACGACUUCAGCGACAUCUCUCCGCUCACCGGUGGGAACGUGGCCUUCUCCACGCUGGAGGGGCGACCCAGUGCCUACAACUUUGACAACAGCCCCGUCCUCCAGGACUGGGUGACGGCCACCGACAUCAGAGUGACCCUGAACAGGCUCAACACGUUCGGAGACGAGGUCUUCAAUGACCCCAAGGUCCUCAAGUCCUACUACUACGCCAUCUCUGACUUCGCUGUGGGAGGAAGGUGUAAGUGUAAUGGCCACGCCAGCGAGUGUGUGAAGAACAGCGGAGGACGGCCGGUGUGCAACUGCAAACACAACACGGAGGGUGACGACUGCAAUGUCUGCAAACCGUUCUACAACGACCGUCCGUGGAGGAGAGCGACCGCCGACAACUCCAACGAGUGUCUGCCCUGCGACUGUAACGGGAAGAGCGCAGAGUGUUACUUCGAUGCUGAGCUGUACCGAGCCACGGGUCAUGGAGGUCACUGCAGAAGCUGCGCCGACAACACCGACGGCCCCAACUGUGAGCGCUGCCUGGACAACUACUACAGAGACCAGAGCAGCAGCCGCUGUUUGCCCUGCGGCUGCAACUCUGUAGGCUCGGAGUCUCCUCAGUGCGACAACAGAGGAAUGUGUGCGUGUAAACCAGGAGUGACGGGAGAUAAGUGUGACCGCUGUCAGCCGGGUUACCACAGUCUGACGGAGGCCGGCUGCAGGCCCUGUUCUUGCUCGCCCUCUGGCAGCACUCAGGAGUGUGACGUCAACACGGGACAGUGUCGCUGCAAAGACAACGUGGAGGGCUUCAGCUGCGACAGGUGCAAACUGGGUUACUUCAACCUGGAUCCCAACAACCCUCAGGGCUGCACGCCGUGCUUCUGCUUCCAGCACUCGUCUGUGUGCGACAGCGCCGAAGGCUUCAGCGUGCACGCCGUCAGCUCCUCCUUCCACAGAGAUGACGAACAGUGGACCGGUCAGCAGCGUGAUGGGUCAAGUGUCUCUGUCCAGUGGUCUCCCAGCGGACAGGAAAUCUCCCUCAUCUCAGACGACUACUUCCCCAUGUAUUUUGUAGCCCCAGAGAACUUCCUGGGGAACCAGAUGCUAAGUUACGGACAGAACCUGACUCUGAGUUUCCGGGUCGACCGACGGGACACUCGUCUGUCGGCAGAGGACCUCGUUCUGGAGGGCGCUAAUCUGAGAGUGGCCGUUCCCCUGAUCGCCCAGGGCAACGCCUACCCCAAUGAGAACAUGCAGACAUACGUGUUCAGGCUCCAUGACAGCACAGAUUACCCCUGGAGACCGACCGUCAGUCACUCGGACUUCCAGAAACUUCUUCACAAUUUGACGGCCGUCAAGAUCCGAGGCACCUACAGUGAACGGAGUGCUGGUUACCUUGACGACGUCUCCUUGGUAACAGCGAGGCGGGGCCCAGGUGUGCCGGCCCGCUGGGUGGAGCAGUGCACCUGUCCUCAGGGUUACCAGGGUCAACACUGUGAGCAGUGCACUCUGGGAUACCGCCGCGCCCUUCCAGAGCUCGGCGCCUUCAGCUCCUGUGAACCCUGCAACUGUAACGGGCACAGCGACGCCUGUGACCCCGCCACAGGAGCGUGCGCCUGUCUGCACAACACGGCCGGUUUGAGCUGUGAGCGCUGUAAAGACGGCUUCUAUGGCGAAGCCACCCAGGGGACGACAGAUGACUGCCAGCCGUGUCCCUGCCCCGCCGGAGCCACCUGCGCCGUUGUUCCCAAAACCAGAGAGGUGGUCUGCACCAACUGUCCCGCCGGAACCACAGGUAAGCGCUGCGAGCUCUGCGACGACGGUUUCUUCGGAGACCCGCUGGGCCAGAACGGCCCGGUUCGAGCCUGCCGAGCCUGCAAGUGCAGCGACAACAUCGACCCCAACGCCGUCGGCAACUGCAACCGCGAAACCGGAGAAUGCCUGAAGUGCAUCUACAACACCGAUGGCUUCUUCUGCGACCGCUGCAAGGAGGGUUUCUAUGGCAACGCCCUGGCCACCAACCCCACGGACAAGUGCAAACCCUGCUCCUGUUCUGCGUUCGGGACGGUGGGUCGACAGACCAGCUGCUCUCAGGUCACCGGUCAAUGUCCGUGUCUCUCUAACGUCGCCGAGCGUGACUGCAGCGCCUGCGAGCCCGGCUUCUUCAACCUGCAGAGCUCCAGCGGCUGCGAGCGGUGUAACUGUAACCCGAUUGGCUCCACCAACGGUCAGUGUGACAUCGCCACAGGCCAGUGCGAGUGUCAGCCCGGCAUCACAGGGCUGCACUGCGAGCGCUGCGAGGUCGACUUCUUCGGCUUCAGCUCGUCCGGUUGCAAACCAUGUGACUGCGACCCUGAGGGCUCUCAGUCGGGUCAGUGUAAAGAGGACGGACGCUGCGAGUGUCGUCCGGGCUUCGUUGGAGCUCGAUGUGACAUGUGUGAGGAGAAUUACUUCUACAACCGCUCGGUGCCGGGCUGCCAGCAGUGUCCUUCCUGCUAUAGUCUGGUCAGAGACAAGGUGAACCAGCAGAGGCAGAAGCUUCACGACUUGCAGACUCUGAUCGAUAACCUCGGCUCAGGUCAGGAGACGGUCAGCGACAAGGCGUUUGAGGACCGACUGAAGGAGGCAGAGCGAGCCAUCAUGGAUCUGCUGGACGAGGCUCAGACCAGCAAAGGCGUGGACAGAGGUCUGCUGGAUCGACUGAACACCAUCAACAAUACUCUGACCACUCAGUGGAACCGACUGCAGAACAUCCGCAGCACGGUGGACGACACCGGCGCUCAGGCUGACCGCGCCCGCGGCCGAGUCCGAGACGCAGAGAACCUGAUUGACCGAGCCCGGCAGGAGCUGGACAAGGCCAGGGACGCCGUCAGCAAAGUGGACAUCAAACCGCCCGGCGGCGCCGGAGAGCCCAACAACAUGACGCUGCUCGCUGAGGAGGCACGUAGACUCGCCGAGAAGCACAAGAUGGACGCUGAUCAGAUCGAGAAGAUCGCCAAAGACGCCAACGACACGUCUACGAAGGCGUACAACCUGUUGCUGAAGACUCUGGACGGAGAGAGCAAGACGAGCCAGGAAGUUGACGAGCUCAACAAGAAGUACAACGAGGCAAAGGAGCUGGCGAAGAAUCUGGAGAAACAGGCCAACAAGGUUCAGGCCGAGGCCGAGGACGCCGGAAACAAGGCCCUGAAGAUCUUCGCCAACCUAACCAGCCUCCCGCCCUUCGACACCAAGGCUCUGGAGGAUGAAGCUACAAAGAUCAAGAAGGAGGCGUCGGACCUGGACAAGCUGAUCGAUAAGACGGAGAAGGAGUACAACGACCUGAGAGACGACCUGAAGGCCAAGGAGCAGGAAGUCCGCAAACUGCUGGAGAAAGGGAAGAGUGAGCAGCAGACCGCAGAUCAGCUGUUGGCUCGGGCUGACGCCGCCAAAGCUCUGGCUGAGGAGGCGGCGAGGAAGGGUCAGUCCACGUAUAGAGAGGCAGAGGGAAUCCUGAACGACCUCCGAGACUUCGACAAGAGGGUCAACGACAACAAGACCGCUGCUGAGGACGCCAUGAAGAAGAUCCCCGCCAUCAAUGCCACCAUCAUGGCCGCUAACGAGAAGACCAGGCAGGCGGAGUCGGCCCUCGGCAACGCCGCCGCCGACGCACGAGAGGCCAAGAACAAGGCGGAGGAGGCCGAGAGGAUCGCCAGCAACGUGCAGAAGGGCUCCGCCAAGACCAAGCAGGACGCAGAGAAGGCGUUCCAGGACACCAACAAGCUGGACGCCGAGGUCGACAACAUGAUGGAUGAACUGAGCGCUGCUGAACAGGAGCUCGCCAGGAAGAAGGCCGAGGCCGACCAGGACAUGAUGAUGGCAGGAAUGGCGUCCAACAACGCCAAGGAGGCAGAGGACAACGCCCGAAAGGCCAAGGGCGCCGUGAAGACGGUCCUGAGCACCAUCACCGCCCUGCUGGAUCAGCUGGGAAACAUCGACAAGGUCGACCUGAGCAAACUGAACCAAAUUGAUGAGUCGUUGAAGAGGGCCAAGGGCAAGAUGGCCGACAGCGACCUGGACAGGAAGCUGACAGAACUUAACGACGUGGCGCGGACCCAGGAGGAGAUGAUCACUGAUUACGACAGGCAGAUCCGCGAGAUCCGCGCCGACAUCACCAACCUCAACGACAUCAAGAACACGUUACCUGACGGCUGCUUCAACACGCCAUCUCUGGAGAGGCCGUAACCCUGCCCCACCGCCCCCCCGACUCCCGCCCCUUCACAGCUAACACGCCGGCGAACACGCCGACUUUUACCAAAACAGUUUUUAAACGUCUUGUUUUCAGAUUCUCGUCUGUGAUUUUCUUUUACAAGAGCGAAAAGAAUCGUUCAAACCACGUUCACGGUUUUUAUUGAGAGAAGCAGCUGAUUCUGUUUUGUCUUUAGGGUUUUUUUUAGUUUUUAUUCCUCGAGACGCAGUAACGUGAAGAAGGAACUCAGCGGCGGAGAGGAGCUGAGCAGAGGUGGAAAAACCUCGUAGAAAAACCAGAACCACCAUCCCGACGUGACUGCACCACGAGAGGAAGUUCCACCGACGCAGGAACGACGACGCGUGUUCCUGGCGCCUCGAGGAACGUUCGCUCGAUGUUUUGUUUUUCUGUUUUUCAUCACAACAGCUUCGUCAGUUUGAGUUUCACAGAGUUCAGCUGAACGUUCUCACCAAACCACAGUGAAGGAAUCCUCGGACACAGGCGCUCACUGUGUCUCCACUUGCAGCGGGUCGGCGUUGUUGUGUGUUUGUAGUUGUUGUUGUCGUCGUUGUGUUGUCGUCGUUCCUGCUCUGCUGGAGCUCGUGAAGCCUGAAGUCACAACGAGUGAUUUUGCAAAGUAAGAGUGUUUUGUUCCCACAACAUGUGAGAAAAUGAGCUACAAAAUAUAAGAUUAUAUUCUGCACAAGACGCCCUCUAGUGGAAAAACGACAGCUUCUGUCAUCGUGUGAGACGCUGUGUUUUUAUCCAGAUGCAUCAUGGGAGAGAGAUGUUAAUGAAACUUUGUUGUAGCGUUGUGAACACGUGCACUCGAUGACGAAGCGUCUUUCAGGGUUUCUGCGUCUCACCGCGGUCGAACACAUUUCACGUCCUGAUGUUUUACUUUCACCGUCUGUCGCUGCUUUUCACUCAUUAACAACCUCCAGGCUUAAAUCCAACACUAUGCAACUUUGUACAUUUUGCGUAGCGAGAAUUUUAUCUGAUACACUGGUGCUAAUAAUUAUUUCAAAUGUUAUAUUUUUGUGUGAAUGUUUUUUAUUAAGACGUAGAGUGAGACUUUGUUAUUUGUGUAAAUAUAUGAUGCUUCAAUGAUUCAGGCUGAUUGUUAAGAAAUAAAAGUCCAACAUGGAAACAGCCACAAUCAAUCAAUGAAACCUCCUGGUGAAAUAUAUCGACUCUAUGAUAACGACGUCUGUGGUAUGUUAUUAUUAUCGUGUAUACAAGCGAUGCUAACGUGUCAUUUGUCUGUUAUUGAUUUUGUUUUUUCACGCCUUCAUUCAACCUAACUGAAUAUUAUUGUUUUUUUGAACUUUGACCUUUUUACCAAUCAGGAUGUGUUUUUGUAAAGUGGGCGUGGCCUGCCUCACAAGUCAUGUGAUAAGCUCGGUCACAUGUCGCUACAGUAGUUACCCGUUUUAACGAGUGUUUUGUGCCUUAAUAUAAAGUUAGGUUAUAAUCACGGUUCCAGAGCAGAACGCCACUUUUUAUUUCACAGGAAAUGUCCUCAUCGUCCUCGCUCCUUCACGCCGUCUCCUCGUGUCGGCACUGAAGCAGGUUUCUUUAAAUCAGGUCGUAUCAUUGACAGAAACAGCUUCUAGUUGAAAGUCUCUGCAGCAGCUUGUGCAGGUGAACAGAUGUUAAACGUUAAGUGGUUGAUCGUCUGUUCGUCUCUUCAGUCAAAUGUUCGCUGAGCGUCAACAGUCAUCAGCCGAUCUGCAGUUUUUUCAUUUCUCCCUCCAUCCACACGGCGUCCGUCGGGUGUGCAGCACAAACAGACACGAUGUAUAAACAGUAUUUUAAGUUAUAAUGUACAAGUUAUUUGUGUUGUAACCUGUAGAUGGCGAUGCGUGUGCUGCACAGACUGCGGGCCGCCUCCGUGUCACGUCUGUUUCCUGUCAUGUGACGCCAUGUGUCUGCCCUGUGACGACCUGAGUGACCCUGUUUGUCCCCAUGUGCCUGUAAAUCCAAACGUAACAUUUCAAUAAUAAAAGAUUACUACAGGAA